GACGUGGGGGUUGUUUACCUCUCUCAGAAGCUGAAAGAUCAUAGGGAACGUUAAAGAAACUGGUUCUAGCUGGAUGCAGACAGCAAAGAUCACAGUAUACACUGCAAGGAUGAAAUAUGACCUGGACAUUUUUUGCUUUUCCAUUUUUGUGAGGUUCAACCCUAAAGAUCCAGUUUAUGUGCAGGGUUGCUUAGCGUGAGGACAAAAGAGCAGCCUGUACCCUCUCUUACCCAGGGCCUCCUGCUAGUCUAAACCUAAACCAAUCUGAUCUGGACUACAGAGGUUCUUGAUUUAUGAUGUGCUGAUGUCUCAUAUGCACUCCCACACACACAGAUUGGCUGUAAAGAGUGGCAUUCCCUGAAUAGUAUUAUACAACUUUAACAUGUUUUGGGAGGAGCUACGUCUAAGAACAUUUUGUUUUUCUCUGGAUAUACCAAUCACCUCUGCUAAAUUUCUGUAAGGUGCUGGUGUCUAUAUAUAUCCAGAAAGAAAUUUUUAUUUUUGUAUUUUUAAAAAAAGUAUCCAUAUAUUGUUUUAUGAUAAACAAAUGGAAACAAUAUUCAAAUCUCUGACCACAUCUCUUUAUAUGCCUUUUUUGAUCCCUAAAAUUGCCAGCCCUCAGAUCAAAAUGACGAACUCCCUCUUUGAUAGGACAAACAUAUAGCCCCUGGCACACUCAGCAGCCAAUAAGAGCCCACUCUGAUUACAGUGCAAAAUUCCCCCCUGCUGGCCAUCUGCCAGGCGUGUUUUGGGAAGUGGGGAAAAGGUGACGCAGUGCAGAUAUGCAUGACUGUGGCCCAGCACAUGUGUUUAUGAACAUCUAUAUUUGUGUUAAUAAUAACAAGAAAUAAAUAAUGUAAUAAAAGUAGAAAUGUUCAAGAAACCAAAAUUCUUUUGCUGACAUGGCAAUGUUUAAAUGUUUUUAUUAAUUAACAGAAUUAGCUAUGGAUAUAUAGGCACAAUAAUUGCCAUUUAUUUUGUAUAACAAAACAAAAAUAAUAAAUACAAAAGUAAUAAAAUAUAAGAAAUAAACAGUAAAUAAAAAAUAUAAAAAUAAUAAAAUAAGGUAUCCAGAAGUGCCCAAAAAUGUAUUUGUCCUAUUUUACUGAUAUUUGUAUCCUUUGCUAUGGAGGAUAGACAACAACCCUAUCAGUAGGGCCGCAAGAUUAUGACAAAAAUCAUAAUUGUCAUUAUUUCCCUUGAUAUUGUAAUCACAAUUAUUUAUUUCAAUUAAUAGAAUUUACAUUAAAUUCCUUUUGUGUGUGUGGGGAGGGGCAAAUAGGAAGCCAUAUUAUUUAUGUAAGUUACACCUCCAAAAACAAACUUUGUUCCUUAAUUAUCGCAGUUAUAUCGUUAUUAUAAUGGAAGUGUUCUAGUUUUGUCACACCAUUACUGAUAGGCUUAUGUACUCAAUGAACAUGUCUGCAAUUGGUUACAAUGCUCAACCACUAGAUUUUAAUUCAACAAGACUAAAUCUAAGUAAAUUUACUUUUGUAAUUGAUGCUUUUCACAAUUAGUUAAUUGCAGCAGCCGUAAUUGUAAUCUCGAUUAUUUUUUCAAUUAAUUGUGAAGUCCAACCUAUCAGUAACAACUAGUAAACAAGUGUACUGGAUCUCCUGCCACACAGUUUAAUUAAAAAUAGAACUAUGUGUGACGAAAGCAACACACAGGACCAGCUGCAACCGGCACACGCCUAUAAAUUCAGAGUUUGACAGACCGGUCGCAUCAUUAUCAGGUGAAAAACACACUCGGUGGAUUAACCUCUGGGUGGGAAUAAUUAUUUUACUUUCUGUCAGUUGAAUUUGGAUUAACAAUUUCAUAUUACAGCAAGUGUUGUGCUGCUGGUAUGCUGCUUUGGGACACUGAGACACAAUUUUUUAUAGCCAAUGCUUUUGAAACAUUUAAAACAAAAGAUAAAAGAGUUAUCCCUUUGGAAGAGACUUGACAUGGAAUCAGCAGUCUGCUGAGGUGGUGAAACAAGAGGAGCUCUAGCAAAUAAAGUAAAAAUAUCUUUGCUGCUGUUUAUCUUGUCCGAAUCUAAGCACAGAAAAUGGUUGGAAUCAAACCCAGCGACUUGCCACCAACUGCCACUGUCAAGUUUUUCGGAGCUGGUACGGCAGCAUGUUUUGCUGACUUAAUUACUUUCCCCCUUGACACAGCCAAAGUGAGGCUUCAGAUCCAGGGAGAGUCUAAAGCUACCUCAGAAUUGGCAGCAGUGAAAUAUCGCGGAGUAUUUGGCACCAUAACCACUAUGGUGCGUACAGAGGGUACAAGGAGUCUGUACAACGGUUUGGUCGCAGGACUGCAACGACAGAUGAGCUUCGCAUCUGUUCGCAUUGGUCUUUAUGACUCCAUGAAGCAAUUCUACUCCAGAGGAUCUGAGAAUGCAGGCAUUGCAACUCGCCUACUGGCUGGCUGCACCACCGGGGCCAUGGCUGUAGCUUUUGCACAGCCUACAGAUGUUGUAAAAGUGCGUUUCCAAGCUCAAGUGCGUCAGACAGAUGGAAUAAAGAGAUAUAAUGGCACAAUGGAUGCGUAUCGAACUAUCGCCCGUGAUGAGGGUGUUCGUGGGCUCUGGAAAGGCUGUAUGCCAAACAUCACAAGGAAUGCAAUUGUAAACUGUGCAGAGCUGGUCACUUAUGACAUCAUCAAGGAACUCAUUCUGAAAUACAAUCUCAUGACAGAUAACUUACCCUGCCACUUUACUGCUGCAUUUGGUGCUGGUUUCUGCACCACGGUUGUGGCGUCUCCGGUAGACGUGGUAAAAACCCGCUUCAUGAACUCAUCUGCAGGCCAGUACAGCAGUGCACUUAACUGUGCUCUCACUAUGCUGACCAAAGAGGGACCAGCAGCUUUUUAUAAGGGCUUUGUGCCCUCUUUCCUUCGGCUGGGAUCUUGGAACAUUGUGAUGUUUGUCUCUUAUGAACAAAUCAAGAGAUUGCUGACUAGAACGCAGCACUCAUGGGAGUAACCAUUCUGAAGGCUGACUGAGGACAUUUUGUUGUCAGUACCUUUUGACUGUGAUUAAACAGAGGGGACAGUUCUCUUUGUAAUAAGAACAGAGAACUCCCUGGGUCACCAGAUUAAGUCUUAUCUCAGAGAAAGGCUGUAGUUGUGACAUAUUAACCAAGCUCAUCACAAAUUAAAAAAUUAGUUGCCAAAAAUGUGGCUGAUAAAUCAAUUUGCGCACAUUUUGUCUUAGUUUCAGUGUUUUAGGGCACUGAGAGGAAUGGUGUGAGGAGUUACAUGUCCAUUGUUUAUAUAUAUUUCUAAAUUGUCAUGAAAACUGGGUCCAUGGUUGAAUGAAUGUCUGUAUUUAUACUAUAAAUUAACAAAUAAAGCUUUUUUUUUUUAUGUUAAUUUCAGUUUUUAAACGAUAAAACACACAAACCACAUUUAGAUCUGUUGUGGCCACAUCUGCAUAAUUUACAAUUGACUCCCUUUAACCCAAGAGUUAUUUAAUCAGAUUGUAUCAAUGAUCAAAUCAAUAGAGAGCCUGAGACCACCAGGGGCAAAACACUACACAUACAAAUGGUUCGCAUUGCAAUAACAAAGGAUCAGCGUGGCUUCAAUCUUCAAUCUGUAGUUUUACGGCCUCUUAAACCAGACAAACAAAAUCUUCAUUAUAACAGAGCUGUGAGAUUCACAGCUGGAGGGAAAGAGGAAAUGCAUGUGUCCAGUAAACUACAAGAAGACAACUGCAAAUCUGUGAAGUUUGAAAGAAAAAUAGCAUGUUUCAGGAACACCAGGAUGUGUAUCUUUUAGAAAUAUCAUGAGUGUUUUUAUUCCGGCCUGUACUUCAAUUUGUUGAAAUAACUGCAGUUGUGUUUUUCAUUAGCUUUAAUCUCAUGUAUUUAGUGACAAAUGUCUUGUCCUGCUCUUUACAAUAAGUGUACUGUUUUGACAGGUUAAUUGUAAGCAGUAAACUAAUGAAAUACUGAGUAGAAAUAACAGCAACUUCACUGGCUGGGCAAAAUCAUGGUCACCAUAUUCAGAGAUUUGGGAAGGCACCAAGGUACCUUGGAAGCAAGGGCAUAGCAGCCAGGGGGGACGUGGGGGACACAUCCCCUGCACUCUUUAAAAAAGGUGAUUCAGUCCCCCACACUUUUCCAAGCUAAACCCAUACCGAGUCCAAAUGGUAGAUUUGUACACAGUAUUCUUUUUUUUUUUUUUUCAAUUUGGAAUGCCCAAUUCCCAAUGCGCUCUAAAUCCUCAUGGUGGCAUAGUGACUCGCCUCAAUCCGGGUGGCGGAGGACGAAUCUCAGUUGUCUCCGUGUCUGAGACCGUCAAUCCGCGCAUCUUAUCACGUGGCUUGUUGAGCGCGUUACCACGGAGACGCAGCGCGUGUGGAGGCCCACGCUACUCUCUGCGGCAUCCACGCACAACUCACCAUGUGUCCCACCGAGAGCGAGAACCACACAUUAUAGCAACCAUGAAGAGGUUACCCCAUGUGACUCUACCAUCCCUAGCAACCGGGCCAAUUUGGUUGCUGUGGAGACCUGGCUGGAGUCACUCAGAACGCCCUGGAUUCAAACACAUGACUCCAGGGGUGGUAGUCAGUGUCAGUACUUGCUGAGCUACCCAGGCCCCUGUACACAGUAUUCUUUGCAUUUUGUUAUUUUGGGCUGAUUGAGCAACCAUCCAGCCAAUCAUAGGUGAGUUUCAUGAGCUGAAAUAACCCUUACAUAAUAGACCUUCAGUCAGACAGUCUAAUCAACGCAGCUCCGUUCCUUUCUAUAAAGUUGCUUUCAACAAUGCUCGUUUAUCCAUGUUUUUUAUCGGCAUUGAUGUUAAUCUAAACGAAUAAUCUAGAGAUGAGGAACACACAAAUGAGAUUUAUUUAUCGGUGUAUCGUUCUUAACUGGCAGCAUUACGUAAAAUGCACGGCAGGAAAAAACAAAGGACAAUCCUUCUUUUAAGCACAGAUUGAAGUGGAGUUUAUAUCAGUGCCUGAGUCUUCAUUAAGAUAUACUUUUUACAUUAUGUUUGAGAGGUAACAGUUUGAUGUUUUUGUGUGUUUUUUUUUGUUUUGUUUUUUUGCCAAUUUAAGCAUAUUACUUGAUCUGUGUUAAAUAUGUAAAGCUAUUUUUAAUAUCAGCUCUUGUUUUUUACCUCAUUGUUGGUAUGCAGUCGACAAACUGUAGGAAAAAAGAUAGAUCUGCUGUGUUCUUAGAACACUUAGGCAUUUUACUGAAGUCAGUAGAUAUUGACUGGGCACUACCAUCUCACAGGACCUGUGUGUGGGAGACACACAUUGACUCCAUUGUGAAAAAGGCCCAGCAGAGGUUGUACUUCCUUCGCCAGCUGAGGAAGUUCAACCUGCUACAGGCACUGCUGAUACAGUUCUACUCAGCAGUCAUUGAGUCUGUCCUCUGCACUUCAAUAACUGUCUGGUUUGGUUCAGCUAUGAAAUCAGACAUCAGCAGGACUGCUGAGAGGAUUAUUGGUUGCCCCCUGCCGCCCCUUCAAGAACUAUACACUUCCAGAGUAAGGAAAAAGGCUGGAAAAAUCACUCUGGACCCCACUCACCCUUUCCAUUACCUUUUUGAACUGUUGCCUUCUGGCCGACGCUUCAGAUCUCUGAGCACCAGAACCGUCAGGCACAGGAACAGUUUUUUCCCUCAGGCUAUCCAUCUCAUGAACAGUUAAAUUGCUGCAUUGAGCAAUAAAUAUGUGCAAUACACAGUUUAGUCUUUUUUAUAUUUAUCCAACACAUCCGACCUCUUCUGCCAUUUCAUUCCUCUGAAAAAAAAAAAAAAAAAACAUUUGCAAUGUACAUAACAGAUAACAGAUUUGUAUUAGAUUUGCACUUUUAUUAUUAUCUAUGUCUUGCUGCUGUUUUUGUAUUGUUUUUGUAUUGUUGUACACUGGAAGCUCCUGUCACCAAGACAAAUUCCUUGUAUGUGUAAGCAUACUUGGCAAUAAAGCUCUUUCUGAUUCUGA